AUGGAUAUCCAGAUCCCAGCUGAGAAAUGUCCGAGUGAGACACACCAUGCUAAGAGCAUCCUGUACCAGAUCCUUAACAAAGAGCAUGCGAGUGAGACCAAGUGGCACCAGCAGUAUCGUAGUCCCCACCGCUCCACGGGAAGCCGAGGCUGCUCUUGUGUGGACAGGAGAAGAGUUGUCCUGGAAACACCAGAAACCACGUGCAGAAUAGCUUCUGAAGUGCUCUUGAAGACUUUAACUUUUAUUAGAAACUUGCCUUCUUUUUAUCACAUGCCUGGGGAGGAUCAGGUUGUCCUCAUACAGCAGAACUGGGCCCCUCUUUUUGUCCUGGGCCUGGCACAAGAAGGGGUUGAUUUUGACCUGAGAGAGAUUUCAGCCCCUAGCUUAUUGAAAACAAUCCUCCUCAAUCAGUCUUUGACAGCUAGAAAUGAAGUGGGUAGCUCAUCACUGGGAGCAUCUUUUGCAGAAGUUCAGAAGAUGAAGAAUUUAUUGUGGAAGUUCUGGGACCUGGAUAUAAGUGCAAAAGAAUAUGCCUAUCUUAAAGGAAUUAUUCUUUUUAAUUCUGGACCACCAAAACUGGCUGAGGCAAAGGGGAAGGACCAGACACGGAGCAGUCCAGAGCUGGGUUAUGAGUUGGAGUUCAAUGAGGUGCCCAGAAAUGCAGCUGUAGCAGCACAGCUAGGCCAGUGCUUGGGAUGCUAUGUCCUAAAAUGUCUCCCCUAUGUACAAACACUGCAGCAGGAAGCUCAGCAGGCCUUGAUGGAGUUUAUCUCAAUGAUGUUCAAUGGAAACCUAGGCAGGUUCACUUGGAUUCUUCAGCUAAUCGCCUCUCUUCAAGACAUUGAUGCAAAUGUUAUUGAACAGCUCUUCUUCCGGCCCAUCCUAGGAGAGGCCACCCUAAAUGUGUUACAUCUAGAAACCCUAUAUAUCAG